CGAAGUUCGUGCUGGGGAAGGAGGGUGACUAAACAGAGGGAACGAACUGAUGGCUUUUAUGGUCUUUCUUAUUAAAAGUUGGUCUUUGCGAGCGGAGAAAAUAACGUGAACAGGUCUGUGGACGUGACUGAAGUCCGGAGAAAAGCAACAAGAGUCUGGAUUGACGCACAGCCGCCUGCAGGUUCCCGGAUCCAGAGACAGCAGCAGAAGCAGAGAGGAGUAUGGGAGUUGGAGGCCAGCAGACUGAGGCUGCAGGUGUUUUCUCCUGGGAGGAGGUCCAGAAGCACCGCAGCAAAAAUGACCGGUGGUUGGUCAUCAGUCGAAAGGUUUACAACGUCACUCAGUGGGCCAAAAGGCACCCAGGAGGAUCUCAUGUCAUCGGCCACUAUUCUGGAGAGGAUGCUACUGAGGCUUUCACAGCUUUCCAUCCUGAUCAAAAGUUUGUGCAGAAGUUUCUAAAACCUCUACUGAUUGGAGAGCUGGCAGCGACAGAGCCAAGUCAGGAGGGAAACAAAAAUGUAGCCAUCAUGCAGGAUUUUGAAACUUUACGCACCCAGGUAGAGAAGGAAGGACUUUUUAAAGCCAAACCUUUAUUCUUCUGCCUCCAUCUGAGUCACAUCCUGCUACUGGAGGUUCUUGCCUGGAUGAUGGUAUGGUACUGGGGGACGAGCUGGACUCUGACGUUACUGUGCGCUGUCAUGUUGGCAACAUCUCAAGCGCAGGCUGGAUGGCUGCAGCAUGACUUUGGUCACCUCUCUGUCUUCAAGAAGUCCAAGUGGAAUCAUCUGGUCCACAAGUUUGUUAUUGGACAUUUAAAGGGAGCUGCAGCCAGCUGGUGGAAUCACCUGCAUUACAAUCAUCAUGCCAAACCAAAUAUCCUGAGCAAAGAUCCUGAUGUCAACAUGUCGGGCAUCUUUGUUCUCGGAUCUGUUCAGCCCGUAGAGUACGGCAUGAAGAAGAUCAAACGCAUGCCCUACAAUCACCAGCACCAGUACUUCUUUUUAUUGGGGCCACCUCUUCUCAUCCCAGUCGUCUUCAACCUGCAAAAUCUAGUCGUCAUGAUUUCUCGCCGAAACUGGGUGGAUCUGGCUUGGUAUUUGUCCUUUUAUGUUCGAUAUUUCUCCUGUUACGUGCCCCUGUAUGGCUUUUUCGGCUCCGUGGCUCUCAACUUCUUUGUUAGGUUUUUGGAGAGUCACUGGUUUGUCUGGGUGACUCAGAUGAACCAUCUUCCAAUGAAUAUAGAUUAUGAAAAGAACAGAGACUGGCUCACCAUGCAGUUACAAGCCACAUGUAAUAUAGAGAAGUCCUUUUUCAACGACUGGUUCAGCGGACACCUCAACUUUCAAAUCGAACACCAUCUGUUUCCGAGAAUGCCGAGGCACAACUACCACCUGGUUGCUCCGAGGGUCCGUGCGCUGUGUGACAAACAUGGGAUCUCUUACCAGAUGAAAACGUUAUGGCGAGGCAUGACUGAUGUCGUCAGUUCACUGAAAACUUCAGGUGAUCUCUGGCUUGAUGCCUAUCUUCAUAAAUGAAGAGCUGCUUAUACAUCAAGUGACCUUCUUUUGCAUCAACGACAUGUUGUGUGUUGAAAAUAAAAAACUAAAAAACUGAAAGUGUAACUAAUUUAACCAUUUUCGAAGAACUAUUUAAAUCUUAUAGGAUUUUAAAUGUAAAGCUUAAAGGAUCAUCUGAAAUUAUCUUUAAAAUUGAAGAUAAUUUAGGUAUUUUUAAUUAAAUUAUCUUAAUUUAAUAUAAGAUAAUUAACUACAUGUUUCUUUGGUAAACGUUUCCAGUCACACUGACUGAGUGUGACUGGAAAUUAACUGACAAUUAAUAUGAUGACCUUUUUCCAAUAGUAAUAAGUAACAUUACUGAUAAAAUGGUUGUCCUCUUAUUGUAAUCAUUCUGUCAUACAAAGGUUAAAUAUUAUCAAAUCUCUUAACCUUCAUUUUGCUUUCUUCAGUUGUAGACCUGCAACCUUUUAAAUUAUUUUGUUCUUUGUUGCACAAUAACCAAGUUGUUGUCUACUACAAUAUUUAGUGUUAUUACUGGAGAGACAAACAUAAAAAAUAUUCUUUGAAAAAUAAUCCAAUUUAUGGUAUAUUUUGUAAGUAACUUGGCAUUAUAGACUCAUAGACAGAUGUGUUGUGUGUAGGAACAUAUAGAAGGAAUUUUAGCAAUCAUGACGAAAGUUAUUAAGUGAAAUAAGAGUGAAAGGAUUUAUGCACCCAUUGAUGUUGCAAAAUUAUUUUUGUACAAAUAAGUACAAAUAAAACAUUUUGUAUUUUCCUGUUUU